AUGAGAAGCUACGCCAUCGCCGCCGCCAUCGCAGUCAUCUUUGUCGGGAUCGCGCUGUACUCUUCGGAGUCAAGCGCGGGUCCGGCGAAGGUAAUACUUAAGGGCGCGAAGAAAUUGCUGCCCAAACUGGCUGGACGGACAAUCCGGAUUGCCUCGGCGUUCGGAAGCAGGGGGAUUUUCAGGAUCCCCAAGGUACACCGAGCAUUCGGUUACCUCAAGCGAACGCACCCUCGGGUGGCGAAGUACCUGAAGAUCUCCACCGGCAUGUUCGGUGGAGCCGGCACAGCGGCCGGCACCCAAGCCCUGAUAGACUAUUUGGAUGAUGAGGAACUCAUGGCGGAAGUCCAGCAGAUAAAGACGUACGCCGAGACCGUGGAGAGACAGGGCGAAAUUACACAGGAAGAGGUUGAAGAUUUGGAAGGUCUCAUUUACGGCCUAUCCUAUGCCCUCGACGAACAGAAAGUCCUGCGCCCGUCUGCCUCAAUCUGGGAAAUCACGGAGAAGACGCAAAGAGAGGCCCAACACACGCCGAAAAGCGGAUGGGACGCCAUUGUCGGAUUCGCACGAGUCCUAAGGAACGACCCAGUGGCGCUGAUGAUUUUGGCGCUCACGAUCGUCUCCGGAGUCACGACCCUUUGUUGCCUCAGGAUGGCAAUAACAGAGUUGAACCGUAAGUGCAAACUCAUCAAGGGGAGGACGGAGAGACGUAGAGCGCGCAACCGUUCACUCAGACGACGCCGCUCGGGGUCCAGUACAACGAAGAGCCCCGACACUCCAAGAGACGGGGAGGACAUUGAGAUGGAGCCGCUACCA